CGUGGGCAAAGUGGGAAUUCUUGUCUGCUCCAAACUUAGUGGCGAUGAUAAGCCAGGACUUGAACUCCUCUAAGUCCACCUCGUGGUCCUUUGCUAAAUCGUCCAGAAUUUUGAACGAUCUCGGAUGGACCCCCCGCCGGUGAACCGAAUGGUCCAGAAAGAAGCGGAGCUCGGUCUUCGAGAUUUUCCCAGAGGAAUCCUUGUCGAUGGAUCGAAACAGCUUUUCGGCACCCAAUCCAGUGGAAAGGUAGGUCAACCAGUUGCUCUUCUGCCAGGAAGAAAGGGCGUUGUCGUCGUUUCCGACGACGAUGUCGGCGAACGUUGACGAGGGGGCUUCCGACGACGAUAGUGCUCGCUUCGUUGCAUCCUGAUGCGUAAGCAUGGCUGUGGGUAUGGAUUGCUUCGCCUGCGUUCCGAUGUUAGGAAACUUGAGACGGCUAGCGGUAGCGGCUACAAAACGAGAGGAGCUAUAGCACCUAUGUAAAUGCAUCAUGUUCAGGACGAGGUCGAGGUGAGCUGACAAUAACGCAAGAAUAGCUGUGGUGCAGCACAACAGUGAGCUGUAUUUUACGGUAAAUAGUGACAGCCCUCGAUUCUGAAUUCGGUACUUCUUUAUGUGUAAUUGAUAGAACUCAUCUCGCAGAAGACGGUACGUUCUAGUACUCGUACUACAAGUAGUCACAAAAAUCACGAAACGAACCAAAAAAUCAAGAAUCCUUUUCUGAGUACGGUAGGAUCGAAGUCAUUGAUUCCUUACUAAGUACGAGUACCGAACAUACCUCCUUAAGCACCUACAAGUACGAAAAUUCAUCCUAAAAAUAAAUUUUGACAGGGCUAUGACAGACUUUUUGGCGAAGCAUCAAGAAUAUCCCUUUCUUCUAGACAGUCUUCGCAUUAAGAGGGUGGGGGGGGAGUGUGGAGUAUGGAGUAGCGGUGGCGGGCAGAUUGGGGGUAGGUAUAGUACAUACUAAGACUACUGACGUAUGAACUCCAACUAUAUCGUACGCAUUGUGAAUCAAUCUGCCCGCCACCGCUACUCCAUACUCCACACUCGUAGCGGUGGCGGGCAGAUUGGGGGUAGGUAUAGUACAUACUAAGACUACUGACGUAUGAACUCCAACUAUAUCGUACGCAUUGUGAAUCAAUUGUGAAUCAACAAUCAACACAAUUCUUUUGUGAUUAUUUUCAGGAAACAGAAACCACGAGUACAAAAUUGCGAAAGACGCAUCUGCAGACGACUUGCGAGCUUGAUAUAAUGCCAUUCGUAUCUUCAUUGUGUCCGAGUAGCACCAGAAAAGAAAACUAUAGAUGUAAAUAUCGAAGUGGAGACAUUUGCUCGAGGAGGCAACUGAAACAAAAGACAGGUGUAGCCGCCCCUCCUGUUUCGGUUGCUGCUGCUGGAAAUGCAAAUUCUUGGUUCGCUCCAUCCCGUGCUGUUGUCGUAAUAAUUUUCGCCAUUGCUGUUGUUCUAGUAUCUCUUCCUAAUUCCGGAACAAUCUAUGUGGAUGCCUUCCAAACAACCGCGGUAGUUUCUGGCCGGUGCAAAAGAGCACCAAUGGCAACAUCCAUGACCCAAAAAAUUUCGUCGCGAUCGUCGUCGACGCCUCCCACCCGAAGUGCCGCAAACGAAAAGCCUUCCUUCCAGUCUUACCUUGAAGGCGAAUUGACAAAAGACACCAUCGAUGCCGGGCUGGUGAAAAUCUUGGUAGCCCUGGCCAAGAGCUGCGCCGAGGUGUCGACGCGGUUGCAGACGUUCUCGUUGGGGUUGGAAUAUCAGAACUUAUAUUUGGAUGACGACGCGGCAGAAGGGACAGCAGUCGUGGAAACGAGGGUGAAUAUCCAGGGAGAGCAACAAAAUCGCAUGGACGUUAUUUCCAACAAUAUUUUCAUCGAAAAUCUGGGGUCGGUGGACGCUGUGGUAGCCAUGGCAUCAGAGGAAGAGGACACGGUGAUAUUGAAUCCCCGCAGCUAUGGCAACGAGGAAAGAGAUGCAGACAGAGCGCGGAUCGACGAGGUUCAUUCAACUGGUACCGGCUACGAAAUUGCAUUUGAUCCCCUGGACGGAUCGGGAAAUCUUGACGUGAACCUUCCGACGGGUUCGAUUUUCGGGAUCGCGUCACUGGAAACAUCGCCCCAAACAACUCUCGAGAAGGAUGGAACAACAACUACUCCAUCGUUCUUUUCGAGGAGGGGAUCGGCGCUCCGGGCAGCUGGCUACGCCGUGUAUUCCUCCUCAACAGAGCUGGUGGUGUCCCUCGGAAAAGACCAUCCGGACGGCGUCCUCGGAUUUACACUGGAUUUCGCGAUGUACCAUCGAACGAAUCGAGCCGAAGACGCUUUCGUGCUUUCGCGCAAGAACAUUCGUUGCCCGCCCUCUGGACCCUAUUACUCGCUGAAUGAAGCUCGGGAGCCCGACUGGCCCGACGGGCUCAGGCGCUGGAUCUCCGACGCGAAGAAACCGCAAGGGACGACCGGCGACCAAGCCCAACCGACAAGCACCUAUUCGGCCCGCUACGUUUGCAGUCUCUGUGCCGAUUUCCACCGCACCCUGCUCCAGGGCGGAUGGGCGGGAAACCCUCGACCGCACUUGCGGCUGCUCUACGAGGCGGCUCCGCUGGCCUUCGUGAUGGAGGCCGCGGGCGGCAGGGGGUCGGACGGCCUCCGAGAAUUGCUAGAAAUCUCCCCCGAGGGCCUUCACGACCGGGUUCCGGUGUUCCUCGGGAGCAGGGACACUAUUUUUGACCUGAUAGAGACAUACGGCGACGUCCAGCAGGUCGAGGCCAAGCGAUACGAUGUCUAGCGACUAGCACAGAAGCUUGAUAGUGCUAGAAACGGUGCACUAGUACUAACACGAGCGACGAUGUCGCAGUAAAGCAAUUGCAAGAACAAGAGUCUCGUUAGAAUAUCGCAAAUAAUUGCACACCG